AAGUCCUCCUCAGAGGGAUGCUACAGGCCUGUGGUCUUUCUGUCCGGAUAUUACAGAAAAUUGCAAACUAGAUGGAACCUGACAAAGGAAUUCUUUUGAAAAAGGGUGACAGGCAGUCAUUCGAACAGACCGGUGAGACACCAAGACUCAGACGGGCGUAGAUGUAAGAAUGCUCAAUAAUGGACAAAGGCUAUGAAGUUUUGACCAACCAUAACACUCUGGAUUCUUGUAAGGUUUUUGUCACGGAAUCGUCCGAAUGCUUCAUCUGCAGGGAUGGGGAGCUGCGGAGACACGAAGCCCUGUGGCACUUCUGCGACUGCAAGAGUCUGGUGGCCCACCACAGCUGCCUGCUCACCUGGAUAAAGAAGGGCCUUGGGGCUAAGGACAGGCCAAGAUGCACUGUGUGCCAUGCAGAGUACCAGCUGCAGAGCCGCCCGCCCUGGAGGGUGGUGGCCAGCCAAUGGCAGUCCUGGCUGGUGCUGGCUGCCACGGCGACGCUGCUGGGCCUCGUCCCAUACCUGGUGGUCAGGAUGAUGACAGCUUUUAAGAGCCCCCCCCCGCACCCCAUGUUCAAAGCGGCGGCUGUCUGUUUCGGGCUUCUCUCCGUGACCCUCCUGCUCAAAUGCCUGGUGCACUACUGCGGCAGCCGGUACCGUCAGGCCAAGCUGUCCUCCUUCUCUGUGCGGGCACGGGGUGCGGAGGGGGGUGAGACCCGCCCAGGCAGCGGCUGCGGACAUCGGUGGCAGGAAAGAAGAUCCCAGAGUUCCUUGAGGCCUGCGCCGGAGCCUCGUCCUCAAGGUGAUGGAGGGACCAGCAACCAGCAGGCUGCGGCCAACAGAGGAUAGCCCAGCAGCCAUGAAGAGAAAAAAAAAAAAAAACAGAUUGACUCUCGGUGACUCAUUUAGCUUCUGCAUCGGGCAGAUUUCCUCCCUGCUGGCGAAUCUGGCCACAUUUCAACGGGACGCAAAUUGGAGGGGAG